AUGAAGACAAGCACGGCAGGGGCCAUUUUAGCUGCUUUUGCUGCUUCUUUGUAUGGAGGUGUUCUGUUUCCGCGGACGCCGAGCCCUGCUGAUCCGGAAGUGUCUGAAAUCAGCAGGCGCUUCCGGGAUGAGAUGGCCACAUCAAGGAAUCUAAGCAUCUCGUGCGAGGGGCAGCUGGUUCGGGAUCGUGACACUUUCUUCUGGUCGCUCUUCACUGACAAAUUUGGCAGCAACCCAAACACACCGUAUAUGUGGAACGCGCUGCCGGCUUUCGGCUUCCUGCUUCCAAGUCCCAUGUGGAACCUGAGGCACGAGGAUGCUGUCGUUCUGAUCGCUCGGCGGCCUCCGGAAGUUGAGUACUUCUCCUUCACAACCUUCGCGCUGUGGAUUCCACGGCGUGGGCUGCAGUUCAGCAGUCUUGGGGACAGCGUCAACAACUUGAACAUCCGCGAGACUGCAGAGGGCCUCUUUGCGCACGUGGUCACGGCAAACCAAAAGACCUGGAAGCUGGUGCAGUCAGCGCUGGUGAGCAGCGGAGUGCCCACCAACGCCAUCAACCUGGCUGUGGUGCCCUCGGACAUCGGUGGCCUUUUUGACGACUGGACACACUUUGAAACUGUGCUGCGCCUCUUUCGCUUCGCAAAUCAGAGCGAGGGAGAUGCGUAUCUUCAUUCGCACCACCCUGUGUACUACAUCAAGGCCUCGCAUGGCGAGUCUUUCCCUUUGCCCACCCCGGCGUACAAGGAGCGACAUCACAUGAAGAAUGUUCGAGAGACGAUCCUCCAGGCAGACUUUGAGGCCCACAAUCUGAAGGUGCUGAAGAAGGUUGGUGUGGCCUUGGCGCGGGCGCUGCCGCCGCUUCAACCGAUCCGCUUGGCACCGCUAAUGCAGCAGGGAACCCAGUGCCUUGGUGACUGCCCAGAUGCCGCAUAUUUUGGACCAAACAUCCUUGAGCACAGCGACGUGAUCGACAUGCUGAACAUGUCAGGAGAUGCUGCCCUACCUGCUAACUACAUUAGCUUUUGUCAAUGUGCUGUUGUGGGGGGCUUUGCCUUUUUGGCUUUCCUGGUCUACGUUUUGAAUUCUGAUGGGGACGAAUUGCAUCUGGUAAGCAUGGUGAACCACCGGCUGCUGAACGCGUCCAUAUAUGGCAGCGUUGCUGUGCUGAAGAGCAAGGCAGCAACCCUCAGUAAGACGCACAUGAGCAUCCGCGCCACCAGCCUUGGAGUCACAUCCUUUGACUUCCCAAAGGACCAGUUUGUCACUUGGGCUUUCACGAGGAAUCCCGACAUUUGUGAGCAACUUGGGCAAGCCGUUUCGGGCUGUUCAGUGGUGGAAGACAGCCACGUGGAAUCUGGCGGUUACCUCACCUAUUGCGAGAGAGUGUAUCUGAACCCCUUGACUGGAACAGGGCCCGACUGGUCGGAUCUAAUCUCGGCCUGGCUCUACCGUUUAAAGCUGGAUGCAAUGCCCGUGCUUCAGGAGAUGGCCUCCUUGCCACGAUCCCUGCCCCAAGCACAAUCUGUGCGCAUCUUUAACGGCUCGGUGCCUUUGCACUUUGCCCAUGUGCUCAAGACUGGCGGUGAGUCGCUCGAGCUGCACUUGGCCAAGCAACCAACACCGCACCUCAGCUACGCUCCGUGUCGCGCUGCGUCGCUGGCACAAGCGUGGCCCAAGACGACAGCACCCCAAAGCUGCGUGGCUGCGUCGCGAGCUGUCAGCCUGGCCCUGUGCGCCGCGAAUUGCGAAUGCUGUGCUGACGAUGUGCUCGAAGCAGCCCACUCAGGGUUCAGGGGCACUAUUCUCCGUUCUCCCCGAGCUCAUGUCCUAUCACUGCUAUCGCACUGCCACGCAGCCCACCACAACACCUGGCAGAGGAUCCUGGGAGACUUCCCACAAUAUGUGGCCGAGGGCAUUCUUCGGCUGACAGAGGCGGCCUGCGACAGCCACUGCAGCUUUGAGCCAGACCUUCUUGAGGAUUUGCGCAGCCAACUGGAGUAUCCAAGCCGUCCAAACCGCACCGGACAGGUCCAGGUCAUACCUUAUUUCUUAAACUGGCAGGCGCAUGCCUUGACCUGCAGCUCAUCACAGGGCAGCCUAGGCCAACACUUCAGAGACCUGAGCUUGAAUGAGUCGGUGCCUUCUCUGGACGCUGCCUUGGCAACGCUCCAGCGCUUUGAGUGGGUUGGGCUCACAGAUCUGUUCGAGCACAGCAUAUGUUUGCUGCACUUCCAGGCCAACGGCAGCCUGCCGGCCUCCUGUGAUUGCUCUUCUAGCUCACUGAAGCUGCCCAAGUACACUCAUGGCAAUAAAGCGCUGUCUCCAGAUCACCUGCAGCCAGACAUGCUGGCACGCAUAGAUGCCUUUACAGCCGUGGAUGCUCAGCUCUUUGCAGAAGCUCUACGGCUGCUGCUCGGCCGCCUGAGACAUGUGGAGGAGAUCACUGGGGCAUCCCUUUUACGUUGCAUUCCUUGGCGACGCUUGUGGCGCCGCACUCGAUACGUUCCUGGACUUUGGCUGGACUCUGAUUCAUAUGAGGAUGGGUUCAGGAUGUGA